CCCAUCCUUCCUUGGCGUCGGCAGCAUUUGCAUCUGCAAUGGCCAACCACGGAGUCGCCGCUCUCCUGAUCGCGUCCCUUCUCGUGGCCGCGGUCACCCUCGCCGACGCGAGGGUCACCCUGCAGGUGCAGCGCCACAGCAUUAGCGGAGGUACGCCCAUGUCAACCGAUCAGCAGCAUCCAGUUGAUCUGCAUGCGGUGCCUGCGCUGACGUGCAGCCAGGUGAACGCGGUGCAGGCGGGCGACACUUGCUCCUCCAUCGCGGAGAGCGGCGGUCUGACCCAGGACCAGUUCCUGGGCUUCAACCCCAACAUCAACUGCGUCAAGAUCUUCCUCGGCCAGUGGGUCUGCCUCGACGCAUCGGCUGCUUAA